AUGUGUUACUUUUAUCAAACACGUUGGUCCUGCGGAUAUUGGAGAUGGGGUCAGUUCAAACAGCAAUGCAACAAAGAGUACCGAACGGGCGAAACAUGCGGACUGAAGCUGGUGUACGAAACCAUCACAAACGAGGACCGAUGCAAGCUGUGCUACGAUAUGGACAAGAAAUAUCGUCGGUUAACCAAAAUGCAAGGAGACGUCGCUCGGUGGUGCCGCGAAGGGAAUCGCAAGGCGACGAUCGAGCGGACAAACCUCGAGAUACAGGAAGUCAACCGCCAGAUCCAAGAAAUGAACAAUCAGCAUUGGACACGGGUGAAUCUGUUGGCCUGA